AUGAUUAACUUUAUUGUAUUACUGAUCAUAUACAUUCAAGGAAGACAAAAGCUAAAGAGUCAUCAUUAUUCUAAUCAUUAAAUUAAAUUGUUUAGACAUACAAAAUCAGAUUAAGUUCAAUUAGAUAAUUUAGGAAAUAUCAUUUAUUAUAUUAAUGCAAGUUUUGGAACUCCUGAAUAAAUAUUCUCCAUAGUUGUAGAUACAGGAUCAGUAGUAAAUUUAUAUAUAUGCAAAUAUAUUUUUAGACUACUUGGAUAUCAAAUAUAACAUGUGAUGGAUGUAUAUUCCCAAGAUUUGAUCCUAAUUAAUCUACUACAUUAUAAUAAGUAGAUGAAGAUCAUUCAAUUAAAUAUAAUAUCGGAUCAUUGAGUGGAAGGAUUGUUUAAGAUUAUGUUAGUCUUCCAAAUGGAAAUUUGAAUGUUUACAUGAAAUUUAUGUUGGCAAAUAUUUUUACUAUGCCAGUAGGAGUAAUGCUAUUUUAGUAAUUAGAUUAAAUUCUAAGGUCUUUUAGGAUUAUCUAGUAAUAAUGAAAGAUAAAAUAUAUUUGAAUAUGGUUAUGAAUAGAAAUAAUUGCAGACUUCAAUAUUUGGUUUAGAUUUAAAUUCAAAUCCAGAGGAAUCUAUUUUAUUGUAUAAUAAUUUUAGCUAAGAGUAUUUAGAUUAAAUUGUUUGGAUGCCAAAUAUACUGAGUCAUCAAUGGGUAUAUAUAUUACAUUAUAAUAUUAGAGUAUGAAAAUUUAUGGAUUUUUUGUUAAUGAUAUUGAUUUAACAGAUAAAGUUACCAUACAGAAUGGAACUGUAGCAUUAAUGGAUUCAGGUUCAUCUUGUUUAUGGCUUGAUCCAGAAAUUGUUAAUUAUAUGAUGCAUCGAUUCAUUUUAGUCAAUUGCAUCAAUAAUAAUUCUUGCCCAUGCAAUUCCCCUGUUUAUCCAAAUUUGAAUAUCUAUUUGGCAGGUGUUAAACUAGAGAUCACUCCUGAAAAUUAUAUGAUUCCAUCUUAUAAUGGAUAUUGUCGACCUUGUCUAUCAAUAGCAGGACCAACUAGUCAUGAUUAUACUAUUUUAGGGGAUCCUGCUCUCUAAAGUAUUAUUAGCAUCUUUGACAAAGAGAACUAAUAAUUUGGUGUUUAUUAAGGAAAUAAAUUACAUAAUUUAUUAGUAUUUUAAAUUAUAGAAAUAUCUAUGAUGACAAUGUUGUUUGUCGCUUUAGGUAUAUUUAUUUAUAAAUUUUAUUAAUUAAAAUGA